AUGAAGGGAGGUGGACCUGGAGGAGUGAAGGGUGGUCUGCUGAUGAAGGGAGGUGGACCUGGAGGAGUGAAGGGUGGUCUGCUAAUGAAGGGAGGUGGACCUGGAGGAGUGAAGGGUGGUCUGCUAAUGAAGGGAGGUGGACCUGGAGGAGUGAAGGGUGGUCUGCUAAUGAAGGGAGAUGGACCUAGAGGAGUGACAGGUGGUCUGCUGAUGAAGGGAGGUGGACCUGGAGGAGUGAAGGGUGGUCUGCUAAUGAAGGGAGAUGGACCUGGAGGAGUGAAGGGUGGUCUGCUGAUGAAGGGAGGUGGACCUGGAGGAGUGAAGGGUGGUCUGCUGGUGAAGGGAGGUGGACCUGGAGGAGUGAAGGGUGGUCUGCUGAUGAAGGGAGGUGGACCUGGAGGAGUUAAGGGUGGUCUGCUGUGGAGCUGA